GCGACACAAUUCUACGAGGAGAGCAGACAGGUGUGCUCUUGCGCAGGACGAUCGAUCGAUCGCUGUUCUUCACGUCGGAGGGCGUUGUGGGUUUCGUUUCCUCGCAGCAUUUGAUUGCUUGCGAAUGCUUUUCGGGGUUGCACACUUCAGGAGAGAGAGAGCGAGAGAGAGAGAGAGAGAGAGAGAGAGAGAGUGUGUGAGUGUUGGUGGGGUUGAGGAGAAGGAAUUGGGCUGGAAGGGGGUGAUAUAAUCUUGCUUGGGUUGGUAGGGUUGGCGAGGCGAGGUGAUUAGAGGGGGAUUUUCGCCUGGUGAGGUGCAGGUGAUUUUGCAAUUCCGGGAGUGGUGCUGAGCAGAAGGUGGUGAGGUCAUGGACAGCAUUUUGGGCAAGGCGGGGAGUUUCCUGUUCGCUCGAAAAGCCUCGAAUAUUUCAGAUACCAUAGCCAACGACGCCUCGUCGCUCUCCAACAGCAUAUCAGAAGGCACCUCACGCUUUAUAAGUCGCUUACAAGGCAGAGUUCAGACACCACUGCCAGAGCUAUUACAGAAGUACCAAAUCCCUAAGGGUGUCUUCCCGAAGAACGUUCUGAAGUAUGAGUUCGAUGAAGCCACUGGAAAGCUAGCUGUCUUUCUUCCUUUUGUUUGUGAGGUGAAGUUCAGAGACGAAUCAAUUGUGCGGUAUGAUAAGAGAGUGACAGGGGUCCUGUCAACGGGCGUGCUUAAAAACAUCGAGGGUAUGAAGACCAAGAUCUUGAUGAUGUGGUCCAAGGUGAUAUCAGUUACCAUGGAAAAGCCGGAUGCUACUAAGGUGGUCUUCGUCUCGAGCAUGAACAAGUCUCGGCCACGAGAUGCUUACAUCAUUUUACGGGACGGGAUUGAGGUGGACGAAUUCUAGCCAAAAUGUACUGUAGCGUCAUGGAUCUUUUCCGAGCUAUUGAUUGUCUUAUGCACAGUAUAGGUUUAGCGUAGUACAGAGAAUUGGAUUGUUACUAGUAUGUGGGUUAAGCACUGCAUCUCAAAUCCGUGCCUUGAUAACUCUGGAAAGAUUUGACCUCCUUUGGUGGGGUGUGCUUGUGUCCUUUCUCUUAUUCCUAUACAGCAUAUGUUUGGUUUUGCAAUAGUACUGGGUUCAUAUCCAGAUUUAGGUGCUGAACAAUCAUUGUCAUAUCUUGUGGUGUGAUGCGAGAGGUAUCGUUCAUGCCUUUCCCUGAAAGACGAUAUACUGGUGCCUGUACACUUCUGGACAUGAAUCAUCUGAAUUGGUUUGAUUAUUA